AUGACGGCCCUCGUGCUAAGCGUCGUCAUCCUCGCCCUUAGCUGCGCCACGGCGGCCGCUCAAUCCCAGAGUUGUGGCGAGCAGGGCGGCGGCAUGCUGUGCCCUCGCAACCUCUGCUCCAGCAAGUCGGGGUACUGCGGCCUCGGCGGCGACUACUGCGGCCAAGGCUGCCAGAGUGGCGCCUGCAGCCCGCUCGGCGCUGCGGCAAGCAAGCCGGCGGCGCAGCCUUGCCCGGCAACUUCUGCUGCAGCCACGAUGGGUACUGCAGCAUUGGUGCUAUCCACUGCGGCAGGGACUGCAAGACCGGAACCUGCGGCCGAGCCUGGAUAG